AUGGCCACCACUAACGAACUCCCCGCUGUCGACGUCAACUCCUACGACUAUGUCAUUGUUGGUGGCGGCACCGCGGGCUGUGUCAUUGCCGCACGCCUGGCGCAGUACCUGCCCAACAAGCGCAUCAUUGUCAUUGAGGGGGGUCCCAGCGACUACAACGAUGACCGCGUGCUCAACCUGAAAGAGUGGCUUGCCCUGCUCGGUGGAGAGCUCGACUACGACUAUCCCACGACCGAGCAGCCCAUGGGCAACAGCCAUAUCCGGCACUCCCGCGCCAAGGUGCUCGGUGGUUGCUCCAGCCACAACACUCUCAUCUCCUUCCGCCCCUUCGAGUACGACUGCCAGAACUGGGUUGCCAAGGGCUGCAAGGGCUGGGACUUUGAGACCUUCACCCGCCUGGCUGACAACCUGCGCAACACCAUCCAGCCCGUGCACGCCCGCCACCAGAACCAGCUGUGCAAGGACUGGAUCCAGGCCUGUUCGUCGGCCAUGCAAAUCCCCAUGAUCGACAAUUUCAACGACGACAUCCGCAAAAAGGGCGAGCUGACCGAGGGUGUGGGCUUCUUCAACGUCUCGUACAACCCGGACGAUGGCCGCCGCAGCAGCGCGAGCGUUGCCUACAUCCACCCCAUCCUGCGUGGUGAGGAGAAGCGUCCCAAUCUGACCAUCCUGACCAAUGCCUGGGUGUCCAAGGUGAACGUGGAGGGUGACGAAGUCACUGGUGUCAACGUGACCCUGCAGUCCGGUGUCAAACACACCCUGCGCGCCAAAAAGGAGACCAUCCUGUGCGCCGGUGCCGUGGACACCCCGCGUCUGAUGCUGUUGUCCGGUCUGGGUCCCCGGGAGCAGCUGUCCUCGCUGGGAAUCCCCGUGGUGAAGAACCUACCCGGUGUCGGCGAGAAUCUCCUAGACCAUCCGGAAAGUAUCAUCAUCUGGGAGCUCAACCAGCCCGUGCCUCCGAACCAGACUACUAUGGACUCGGACGCCGGUAUCUUCUUGCGUCGCGAGAAGCCCAACGCUGCCGGCUUCGACGGCCGCGCCGCCGACGUGAUGAUGCACUGCUACCAGAUUCCCUUCUGCCUCAACACCGCUCGUCUGGGAUACGACGUGCCCGCUGACGCCUUCUGCAUGACCCCCAACAUCCCGCGCCCCCGUUCGCGUGGUCGUCUUUACCUGACCUCGGCCGACCCCUCUGUGAAGCCGGCGCUGGACUUCCGCUACUUCACCGACCCCGAGGGCUACGAUGCCGCCACCAUUGUGGCUGGUCUUCGGGCUGCCCGUGAGAUCGCCAAGGAGGCUCCGUUCAAGAACUGGCUCAAGCGCGAGGUGGCUCCCGGCCCCAAGCUCCAGACCGACGAGGAGCUCUCCGAGUACGGCCGUCGUGUGGCCCACACUGUGUACCACCCUGCCGGAACCACCAAGAUGGGUGAUGUGGCCAAUGAUCCUCUGGCGGUGGUGGAUCCCAAGCUGAAGAUCCGCGGCCUGAAGAACGUCCGCAUUGCGGAUGCCGGUGUGUUUCCCGACAUGCCCAGCAUCAACCCCAUGGUGACCGUUCUGUCCAUUGGUGAGCGUGCCGCCGAGCUCAUUGCCGAAGAGGCCGGCUGGACACCCUCUCAACCUCGUCUGUAA